AUGUAAAUAGCUAAUCUUCAAGAAUUAGAGUAUGAAUAAUUUUCACCAUUAAACAAAUAUGAAAUUUAAAUAGUAGAAGAGAUUGAACUUUCUCAACUAUCUUAAAUCUAAUGUAACAUAUGUCUUCACAAUUUCGAAAUCCAUGAGGAGUACUACAAGUUGAAAUGUCACCAAUUGCACAUGUUUCAUAAGCAGUGUUUAUUGGAGUGGGUAUUAGUAAAUUAAUCCUGUCCAACUUGUAGGUCUGCCAUUUGA